GCGAGCGACUUCCGCCGGAAGUGAAUGUUGUUUUGGGGGGAGGGGAGGGGUCUGAAGCGGCGAACGGUUACGGACGAUGGAGGGCGGCAAACCCGCCGCUUUCGACCGGGCCCCGGGAGCGGGCCGUGGGCGGGGCCGGAGCUUCAGCGGUAGCAGUAGUGGUGGCGCCACCACCACCGGAGGGCCGCAAGCCCCGGGCCCGGGUGGAGUUAGGGCCCAGGGCCACGGUGACGGUGCUCAGGAAAACGGGCUGUGCGCGGCCCCGGGCUCAGGGCCUGGAGUCGGCCCUGCGGCUGGGAGCGGCCCUGGAGCCGCCGCCGCUGCCGCCAACGGGGCGGCGAUCGUGCAGGGCAACGGCGUUCACGUGAAGAGCGGUAUCCAGCAGCAGGAGCCCCUGAGACAGCCGCGGAGCAGCCCACCUGCCGCUGAGUACUCAGAUAGCGGCAGCCGAGGCCAGAUGGCACUGGGAUCUCAUGACCAAUAUCUGUCUCACAGCACAAACACUGCCAUGGUUAAACCACAGAGAGUGGAAGCAUUCACCAUCCAGUCAAAACUAUCAGCCAGCGCACCAGAGUUCUACCCACCGGGCUUCAUGGCGAAAGUUCCAGAUGAGGCAUUUGUGGAUUUAGAAAUACCCUCUGACCUCACACUAGCUGACUAUCUCCAUGACUUUUUGAGUCUACUGACCUCUCUGCCUGGUAGCUUUGAACUGGAGAUUGUACAAUUCACGGAGAUGAUGAAUGGCUGGGUCAACACUGACGAAGCACUUCAAGAAGUGGUAGAAAUAAUCUACCAGCAGGCAACCACAGUACCCAACUUCACAUACACAGGGGCUCGACUGUGUAAUUACCUGUCCCAGAAUCUAACUAUCAAUCCCAGAAACAGCAACUUCCGGCAGCUGCUGCUACAAAGGUGUCAGACUGAAUAUGCAAAGAGAGACGAGGCAGUGAAAGGUGAUGAAAAAAUCAGAAAGAAGUUCCACUCCUUUGUGCUGUUCCUUGGUGAGCUGUAUCUGAACUUGGAGGUGAAGGGGGCAAAUGGAACACCAGCACGAGCUGAGAUUUUGCAGACAGGACUUCGUGAAUUACUGAAUUCACUCUUUUCUCAACCUAUAGACGAUAACCUCAUCUGUGCCGUAAAAUUACUGAAGUUGACAGGGUCAGUAUUAGAAGAUGCCUGGAAAGGACAAGGAAAGUCAGACAUGGAUGAAAUAAUUCAGCGAAUUGAGAACGUUGUUCUCGACUCUGAUUGUAGCAGGGAUGUGAAGCAGAUGUUACUGAAGCUGGUGGAGCUGCGGUCAAGUAACUGGGGUCGUGUUCACACAGCAGCAACGUAUAAUGAAGCUACCCCUGAAAAUGAUCCCAACUAUUACAUGAAUGAGCCUGUAUUUUAUUCAGCAGAGGGUAUCCCUCUCACUCCAGCAGACCCAGAUUACCUGGAAAAGUACCAGGAGAUGAUUGAUCGAGAAGAGCUGUUUCAAGGUUAUUCUGACGAAGAUGGAGAUGCGUAUCUAGAUGACUCCGAAAACGAGAUGGAUCCGGAAAUGGAAGAAGCGUAUGAAAAGUUCUGCGCUGAAACAGAGAAAAAGAGGAAAUAGUGCAAAGAGGCGAGCAAAUGAUUCAUUAGAAAUCAAAAAAGACAAAAAAAAAUUUGCGUUUUGAGUGUUUAUUUGAAAAAAAAACAAAAAAAACUUUUGAAUUUCAAAAGAUGUGCAGGUAAUUUAAAGACAAACUGAAGAAGCGUUUUCAUUUUUCUUGUGCCAUUGAAAGCAUUGCAGGAAAAGUUCUGUUGGAGUCCACCUAAAACUCUUGGUGAAUGCGUCACAAAAAUGCCCAAGCAGAAUCUGCGGAUUGAUACAUGCUGUACUUUUAAUGAGACUCUUUUUUGUAAUAUAGUUUGUUAUAGUUUUAUUUUUAUGUAAAAGUUGCAAGUUUAAAACUCAAAUAAAACAAUUCUUUGUAAUGGGCUGCAUUGCUUCGUGAAGCACACUAAAGAAUUUUACUUGCCUAACCAGAAUGUAACUUGAAGGAGGGAAGGGGCUCACAGAACAAUAGAUACAUUUAACCUGGUGAGGGAGAGAUGCGUGCCCCACAUACAAGCUGAUUAGGUUGGAGAGAUGUAUGCACAUACACAAACUGGUAGUUAGAGGUGAAGAGAAGAUUUGAGAAUUACAGUGCAAGAGUGCAAUGACUUGGUAGGGAGGGAAAUGUGUGUAUAAAUGCAUACAGUAAUUGAUAAAGGAUAUGUAUUUAGAUUGGCAGUUUGCCAACAUUGUGCACUUUAAUGACCCAUACAAAUUUUUAUAAAUUGGAAACCAGCAGGUAAAUGAUAAAUAGGCUUAAUGUUCUUUGAUAAGAUAUUUGUAUAGUUUAAUGUUUUAGCUUCCCUUUUCUGAAAAUAUCUCCAUUCAAAAACAUACACGUUAGUUACCACAGCCUUACACUACCAUACAUAUGCCAAUGCCUGUUGCUCCCUGUUACAAAGUGAGAACUGUUGACUGUUUGAAAAAGACAGGCAGAUAAAAACCAUCGAACCCUUACCCUAACAAUUCACCUCAUCUUACUAACUAGUCUCUUCAUACUGUAGUGCUGUCAGUUUUCAUUAGUGUGAUUUGAGAAAGGGGUUGUUAGGGAGGAAUGUAUUUUUGUGAGUGACAGAUUUCUACGGGAUGCUUCAGAUGCAGCGGAGAGUUCCUUGCCAUUUGGGACUUAACUAAGCUCAUAAAUCUGAGUUGGCAACACAGGAACUUUAAGCAUCAGUUGUGUCUCUUUCUCUGUUUCUCAGGAAUUUAUUCAUAUAAUAUCUGGCUUGUGUAUUUGUGUACUUUGUUUUAUUUGGGGCAAACUUACUUGUAAAUUAAGUAUGUUUUAAUUUCUUUCCAAUUGGCGGCUUAAGAACAACCAGCAGCAAAAGUCCUUUCACCCAGCAGUUAAAACCAAUGGUACUGAAUUGCUCCACUGAUUUGCACACCUCAUAGAAACUACCCCUGAUUGCAGUCUGAAUGUAUCCCCACCCCCUCAGCGAGGAGUACCUACCUUCUGGACAGCACCAUCCACCAGUAACUGUGCCUAGGAGAUUGGUUGCUUCACUACACCUGGAGGCUUGUUUCCAAAGCAUUGUCCCUGUUUGCAGUCUGUUAUUGUUACUUUUAGAACAUAGUGCCCAAACCACAUCUACUCUUGGCAGAAGCUACGAUAAGAGCGUAGCCUCCAAGCAGCAGUCCCAGUAUCUGAGCAGUGCCUUCGUUUUUCAGUCUUAUUUACUUGAAUUGUAGAUGUUUACACUGUUCCUAAAUUGUAUAUAACAAUGCAUGAGAAAACCUUGUGGUCUUUUUCCUUCCCUUAUU